CCGGCUUCAGAAUUGCUUGGAUGAUGGGGAUUGCUCGAUCUGGUUUAAAAUUGAAUUAAAUCAUAAGGAUUUGAAUCUAAAAUCUCCUAGCCAAACAGACUUCGUAAGUUACAAGAAUUUCACUACCGGGAGUAUAUGCAUGCCUGAUCUCUUCCCAGUUCAUAGGCCGUGAUCUUUAUAGUGCGAGCACGGAGAGCAGCCACGGCCCAACACAUCCAUCAAAUAGGCCCAUCUCUCUCUCUCUCUCUCUCUCUCUCCGCUCCGGUCGUCUCUCUCCUGCCGCCCUCUUCCUCCCAACCGCCCGCUCCUCAUUCCCCGAAUCCCAACGCGUUCGACUCGCAAACCCCCAAUUCCUCCGUAGCCCUAGAGUAGGGGUGUAGCCCAUGGAGAUCACGGGGGAGCAGCGCCGCCGUGCCGAGGCUAACCGCCUCGUCGCCCUCGAGAAGCGCAAGCGCUUUGCUGAGGCCGCCGUCGCCGGCGGCUCCACCGCAUUCCCCAUCUCCGGCACCACCGCCUCCGCCGACUGGAGGCUUGCCAAAUGCCCAAGAAUUGCUCCUCCCCAGCCUCCUACUCCAGCGCCGCCGACUCCGCCUCAGCGACCGGUGGGGUUCCAGGUGGUGUUGGAGGUGUGCAGCCCCGACGAGUUCUCGGUGGCGGUGGGUCCAGCGGAGGGCACGGACUACCCCGGGGAGGCAGAGUGCCUCAGCGCCGUCCAGGACUGCAUCGCUGCGGCUUCGGUUGUACAAUACUCUGCAACACAGUCACAAAGUCAAAUUGGUCAUCUCCGUCCUGUCUUUAAGCUUGUGGACUAUGAUGAGGUGUUGAAAUGCCUGAAGAUAUUGCCUGGAGUUGUUGUGCAAGAUAUACCUUAUAGCACGAGGAAUGCCAUUCAGAACCUCCCUACGAGGACUGGCCAAACAUGGGCUUCUGAUAACGAUAUCGAUAAUCUUCUCAAGAAGCUGCCACAACAAUUACAAGAUGCACUUUUACCCUUCCAACUAGAAGGCGUGAAAUUUGGGCUUAGAAGGCAUGGACGCUGCCUUAUUGCAGAUGAGAUGGGGCUUGGUAAGACUCUCCAGGCAAUUGCAAUAGCGUGUUGCUUCAAGGAUGAGGGCCCAAUAUUAAUCGUGUGUCCAGCUGUAUUGCGUUAUACUUGGGCAGAGGAAUUGGAACGCUGGGAUCCUUCAUUUAUGCCAAAAGAUAUUCAUCUUGUAUUUGGCCAUCAAGACAGUCUUGAAUAUUUAGAUGCUACUCCAAGGGCAGUGAUUAUUUCAUACAAGAUGCUAAGUCGCCUUCGGAAAUGUAUGAUGAAUAGAUUAUGGGCACUGAUGAUUGUUGAUGAAUCGCACAACAUACGCUGCACAAAGACACCAGAAAAAUAUGAGACACAAGCUGUGCUGGAUCUAGCUCCAAACAUUAAACACAUCAUAUUGCUCUCUGGGACACCCUCUUUGUCAAGACCUUUUGAUAUCUACCACCAGAUAAAUAUGUUAUGGCCCUUUUUGCUUGGCAAUGAUAAAUUUGAUUAUGCAAAGAAAUAUUGCUCACUGCACAUUGCUCGAAGUUAUCAGGGGAAAACAUAUCAGGACUUCUCUAAGGGUACACGGUUGACAGAGUUAAAUGUCUUGCUCAGUCAAACGGUCAUGAUUAGGCGCCUGAAGGAGCAUUUGUUGAAUGAACUGCCUCCCAAGCGCCGACAGAUUAUUAGGUUGAAGCUGAAGGCACCAGAUAUCAGGGCAGCUACAUCUUCAUGUAUCAAAGGGUUGAACACUAGCGGUAGUAAUGAAACUCUUGCAGUUGACUUGCCCAACGAAAGCAAUGAUAGUGAAAAUACAAAAGCGGAAGAAGAUGAUAUUUGCAAGAAAUCUCCAAGGCAUCUCACUCCACAAGAAAUUGGUAUUGCAAAAAUAUCUGGGUUUAGUGAAUGGUUCUCAAAUCAUUUCAUCAUGAAAGGAUUGGCUGCUAAUGAUAACCUGGACCCCCAGUCUAGUUGUCAGAAAACAAUAAUAUUUGCCCAUCAUUUAAAGGUUCUAGAUGGAGUACAGGUGUUUGUCUCUGAGAAUGGGAUCAAGUUUGUUCGUAUUGAUGGAAGCACACUUCAAAGGGAAAGGAAAGAAGCUGUUGAUUCUUUCCGCUUGGAUCCAGAGGUGAAGGUUGCAAUAAUUGGAAUUACUGCUGGCGGUGUUGGCUUAGACUUCUCAACUGCUCAGAAUGUUGUUUUUGUGGAGCUCCCAAAAUCAGCUUCGGAAUUGCUUCAGGCUGAGGAUAGAGCUCAUAGACGUGGCCAGACAAAUGCGGUCAACAUAUAUAUAUUCUGUGCAAAGAACACAUUGGAUGAGUCACAUUGGCUUAAGUUAAACCAGAGUCUGUUCCGUGUCUCAUCCUUGAUGAAUGGAAAGAAAGAUGCUAUAAGAGAGAUCGAGGUUGAUCAAGUGUGCCACCUUGAGGAAAUCAGGAACACUGAUGAGAAAACACAGUGCAAACUUCUUCCUUUGGUGAAUCUUAAUGCAGACUCAACUCAUGGACUGAAAUGCCUUUUGGGAAGUGAUGGUAUGUCCAUUGAGUGUUUUCCUGGCAUCGAAGAUUUGGAACUUGAUUCAGACUUCACUAUUAGGACAAUUCCUCUUCAGUUUGAGGAUGAAAGCCUUGAUGCAUCCGUGAAAAAUAAUCCAACUCCAACAGUACAUGAAGAUAGAACUUGCAGCGAUGUUUCUAUUUCACCAGCUGCAGCCUUUUGCACUGCAAUUUCAAGCUGUAAAUCAAUGAAGGUUCGCAGGAGGCUUUCUGGAAAUUCUGUGACCUUAGGUCAAACUGCAGCUAUCUCAGAUUUUCAGAUUCAAGUGGAGUCUCUGCGUUUUGAGGUUAGCCAGCAUACAGGCCGAAUCCACUUAUACAGUUGUGUUCCAGGACAUGAUUCAAGACCCAAACCACUUUUUGAAAAUUUUCUGCCAGAAGAAUUGGAUUUACCUUUAUCUUCGUCCAGUGAUGUCAAGAAAACAAGGACUCAGCUCUUGAAAAGAAAUCCUGCAUUUUGCAAUGUGUUUAAGGCAUUCAUCAAGGAGUGGUUGGCACUAAGACCAAUUGAUCAGAAAAAACUGCUUGGAAAGCCCUUACAACUUCCCUUGAGCCUUGAGUUGUGCUUUCUGAAAGAUAGCAUGAACCAUAGCACCGAAGGAUUGCUUAAAGGGGGAAGUAAGAGGCGUGCCGCACCAUUGAAUGAUGUUAGUAAUCCUUUGCCAGAAAAUGCUGAAUGGAGAAAGGUAGUGUUACACAAUGGCACCACUAAAGAGAAACAAUACACUCAAGGCUGGACUAUUGAUGAUGAGCCUCUCUGCAAACUUUGUCAAGGACUUUGCAGUGGAAAGCUUGCAAAGUCACCAGAAUAUUUUGAAGAUCUAUUCUGUGGUCUGGCUUGCUUCCAGGAAUACAGGUUAAGAACCAGUGGCAGGGCCCUGCGGCAGGCACUGUUUCAAAUUGAGCGUGGUAAGUGCUCCCAGUGCAAGCUCGAUUGUUGCAAGCUUGUCAAACACAUUAAGCCCUUACCCGUGGAAAAGAGACAAGAAUAUAUCAGAAAGGUCGCUCCAAACAUUGCGAGUAGAAAGAAAUUGCUAGAUAAGCUUGUCCGUGAGCCAACUGAUGGAAAUGCUUGGCAUGCAGAUCACAUAAUACCUGUCUAUAAAGGAGGAGGGGAAUGCACACUUGAGAAUAUGAGAACACUAUGUGUAGGUUGUCAUUACGAGGUCACCAGAGCUCAGCACAAGGAACUAAAAGAACUAAGAAGGAAGGAAAAAGAGCACCUGAAAAACGCCUUGAAUCAACUAAAGGAUAAUGCAAGUGAAGCAACAGAACUAGAGGACAACUCUCUUCUGGUUACCGUCCCCGGCAGUGCCUACUCCAUAGGAUUUGAGGUUCUCGGCAGUGCUAGCGGCGGGGUAGUUGUGGAAUAGGUAGUUCUGCAGCUUACUUUAUGUGCAGUACUCUUGGUCAUUCUUCAAAAGGGCGCCGGUCUUUUUAAAUUUCUGGAUCCCAUUUUUUGUGCAUGUAUGUUGAAUGCAGCCAGGCGUGUGCUGCCCUUUUGUAUGUAUCUCUUGAUUACAGUCUGUUACCAUAUUCAGUGAUGGCGUUGUUGUCAUUAUGGAUGAAAGUUUUUGUUCA